ACAUUAGCAACACAAGAAUACAAUAUGAGACUAUCAGUGGUGUUCUUGAUCUUGACGAUCGUGGUGUGUGCCAUGUUCCAGGAAUCCGAAUCCUUCUUUUUUAAAACAAAGAAAUGUAAGAAAUGUUGUUGUAAACCCCGAUGCCAUAAAACAACUACCACCACCACUACCACCACCACCACCACAGCAGCAACUAAUGGAACAGGUAGAAGAAGACGCGACAUCAUGGAUUCAAUUCCAUUUGAAAAUUCAAUCCCAGAUGGAAGCUACAAAAAUAAAAUAUUAAGACUUUAUUAGAAAAUUAUGUAAUUAUAUACCAUGGUAGUUGCACUACUCAAUAAGAUAAACUGUCACUUAGAAUAGUAUCUAAAUUGUCCACGUAAACAAAUAUAAAUUAAAUAAAGAUCAAUCAAAGAUA